AUGGGCAAGAAGAAGGUUCUCGUAUGUUAUGGUGUGGAUAUUGAUGCUGUCGCCGGAUGGCUAGGCUCUUACGGUGGCGAGGACAGCACUAGCGACAUCAGCAGAGGAUUAUGGGCUGGAACCAUCGGCACGCGCCGACUGCUAUCCCUUUUCGAAAAGUACAACAUCAAGGCGUCAUGGUUCAUCCCCGGUCACACGCUGGAGACGUUCCCAGAGGAGUGCGCCAUGGUGCGCGAUGCAGGCCAUGAGAUUGGUCUGCAUGGGUACAGCCACGAGAACCCUGUCGACAUGACCCUCGAGCAGCAGCGAGACGUCCUUGACAAGACGUGGAAGAUGCUGACUGAGUUCUGCGGUGGCAAGCCGCCCAAGGGCAGCGUCGCCCCUUGGUGGGAAACUAGUGAGGAGGGAACCGAGCUGUUGCUCAGCUACGGUAUUGAGUAUGACCACUCAAUGUCCCACCAUGACUGCCAGGCGUAUUGGCUGCGCACGGGAGACACCUGGACCAAGAUCGACUAUACCAAGAAGGCCGAGGAGUGGAUGAAGCCUCUGGUGAAGGGUAAGGAGACGGGCCUGGUUGAGAUCCCAGGAUCUUGGUACAUCGACGAUCUGCCCCCUAUGAUGUUCAUGAAGAACUCGGCCAACUCUCAUGGUUGGGUGAACCCGAGGGAUGUCGAAGACAUUUGGCGGGACCACUUCGACUACUUCUACAGAGAAUAUGACGAGUUCAUCUUCCCGAUGACGAUCCACCCAGAUGUUUCGGGCAGACCGCAUGUUCUCUUGAUGCACGAGCGCAUUAUUGAGCACAUCAACAAGCACGAGGGUGUUGAGUGGGUCACUAUGGGAGAGAUGAGCGACUGGUUCAAGUCUAAGAACCCGGUACCGGAAGGUGGUUUGAUGCCAGCGAGCAGGGAAGAAGUCAUGAAGAAGUACGAGGAGUGGAAGAAGACACAGGCGUAG